GCCGGCUUAGAGACGAUUUUAAGCCGCCACCGACAUAUUUUUUGUCAGUCGCCGUCUUUGUUAAUAUUUGUCGCCGCAGGGCCCAAGUUCACAUCUUUCUUAAAGAAGGAAAGUAAGGUUACUUCUUGGAAAUGGCUUCUGAAAUUGAGAUAUCAAAAUUGUUGCAGGAUCUGCCCAAUCGUAUAUUAUGUGUAUCAGCGGAGGAAAGAAAAGAAUUAUUUCAGCGAUUGUCUGCUUUGUUGUCAUCCGAUGUAAAUGCAGUUACUAUUCGUAGUGUUUGCAAAAUAUUAGCUAUAACAUUAACUAAAUAUAAAGAUAACGACUCUCAACUAUUGGUACGAAAUAUUAUUAUUGAAUUAAUAAAAAACCACCACGAUGCAACUAUUGAAAGCAUGAUGGCUGUAUUUAAAAUUUUAUCUUGUAAAGAACUGGCAAAUGCUCCUCCCCAAAAAGCAUCAAAGGCGGCUCUUGUUGCUUUUGGAUGGACAAUUAUAUUAAACAAGUACGGUAAUACUGAAUCAAAUGUUUUUAGAACUGAACUUCCUCGUUUGAUAGAAUAUCAAUCACUGCUUUAUCAGAUUGUUCUAAGUUCUUUAAAUGAACGUUUGAUCAACUUGGCCAACAAUGUCUUAAUAGAUAUUUUAGAAAACGAAUAUUUUGAUAAAUAUAUGACAGUACUAUUAAAAAAAGAACCUACGAGCAACGUAAUUGUAUUAAUGGUAGUGCUCAUUUCAUUAAAAAAUGACAAGUAUGAGAUUGAUGCCAUGUGUGAUUACAAGGAUUAUUUAAUUGAUUCAUUUGUUAAAGGCAUAAUAACAGCAAAAACUAAACCUCAUUCAAGCUGUAUAUCAGCCUGCAAAGUAUUAUUAAACAAUAUAUCAAAAGUUGACUUUGAAGAAAAAAUAUUGCCACCAAUGCAAAGAUCUAUGCUGAGAAAUCCCGAAACUAUUUUGGAAGCAGUUGGAUUAAUUAUUUUCCAAAUUAACUUAGAUUUUAGUCCAUAUGCAUUAAAUUUGGGAAAGAUGCUUAUACAACAUUUGCAUUCUAAAGAUGAACUUUCUAGAUAUAAUUCAGUGGAAAGUUUAAAACAGUUAUCAAUUAAAACUUCAGAUUUUUCAGUAAUAGCCGAACUGCUAAAAGAGAUUUUCGCUAUUCUUAACGGAGCAGAGGGAAAAAUAACUGUUGCAGAAUAUCGCAUAAGUCUCAUUCAACUUCGUUUCAUGACAGCUUGCUGCCAAGGAAGUUUCCUAAAUACUUAGCUCCACUAGAUAAACCUAAUUCGAUACCAUCUAUCUUUGGCUAUCUGAAAUUGUCCACCUUAUACC